UCGAAGAAAAAAGUGGAAGAAAAAGAUCAGAGGGAAAGAAAGACAGAAAGAGAAAGAUUGCGUAUAAUACAAAACCGUGCAGACCGUGCAUCACACAACAUAGCGCGCGGGGGCUUCUAAAACGUAGUCUCGUAGUGGGGGUAAACACGGCGCUCGCUGAGCGAGCAGGCUACAUAGUCCAGCGCGUUUCGCGUCGACUUCAGUUCCGUGCGUCCCCUCCAGCGAGACUGAUAUGGAUUUCGGUUCGGGGAAAAUCGCGAGAAACGAAAAAAAAACGAGUAACAAAUAACAAAAAAAAACACGGGAGUACUGCUUCCACGGCACAAUAGCGAUUGGAGUAGUUAUAAAUCACUCCAAAAAAUUCAGACGAACGAUCGGAUCACAUGACACGCUAGUGGAAUAAAAAAAUACGAAGAAUAAAAAUCUGUUUUACCGCGUUGGGACGCCGGCGAUUUGUUCGCAUCUUCGUACCACGAUGUAUCGCUCGUUAUAAAUCGUAAGAAUCAACUUCUUCAGCUGGUUUUAUUUUUUAUUUGUUUUCGUUUUAACGCGUGUGCGUGCGCGAAUUUUUUUCAUGACGAGUUCGUUCACACUGUGUGGAAUUAACGGGUGAAACGAUAGAGGGGAAAACGCGGCAUUUUGGAUUGUCUGCAACGAGGAAGUUUUUUGUGUACUUUUUUCCAUUCCGUUCUUUUUUUGUACGAUAGGCGGAGUAUCCGCGAGGAAUUAAAUAUGCGGGUUCCCGACGUUCUCGCAGUUCUGGCCACUUUCGUGAUUGCCAUUCACGAUGCCGUCGACAGUGCCAGUCACUCGAGCGUCGCGGAGCAACAUCGAGAGGCUUAUUUCAACGGUUCGGCGAUCCUCAAGCUUGCCUCGACAGUCUCGGUCCACAGACACAGUGGCUUGAGCUUUCGCACGUGCGACGGAGGUAGAUUAUUCACGCAAAAGUUCAACGGCGACCGAAUAAGCCUCGAGGUAAACCCCGAGGGUUUGUUGUUCGUCGCACAUGUCGACAACCAGCGAUACGACGCCAAGUUGAACGCUAAAUUGUUGAACAACGCUUGGCACACUGUAAAUUUACUGUUCAGGCUUGGAAACCUCACUUUGAACGCGGCUGGACACACGCAGGUGGUCGCCAAUGCAACCUACAACUCAGCGAUUCUGAUGCUUCCCGAUCGAGACAGCAACAGUUCGUUGAUCGUCGGCGAGGGUUUCAAGGGUUGUAUACUUCAAGGUCCAGGAAUAUUGUUCAACGACACAGUGAACUCGGGUGCUGUGUUCGGAGCUUGUCCAUUGAACACCAGAGGAUGUGAUCCGAACAGCGUCGGCGGACGUAGCGGGUCAUCCGACACGACAACGGAUUACUGUCAUCACGAGCCAUGCAUGAUGCACGGUAAAUGCGUUUCCCGACAGGAUCGUUACGAGUGCCACUGUUACGCUCGAUAUUCCGGGAACAACUGCCAGCUCGACAAUGGUCCACCGUGCUCGAGCAACCCUUGCAAAAAUAGCGGGACUUGCGUGGAAGAUUCAAAAGGAGAUUUCACUUGUACGUGCCCGCACGGUUAUACAGGCGCCCUUUGCGAAUCUCAACUCGGUGUUCGCCUUUGCGAGAAUAAUCCCUGCAAAAACAAGGGUUCGUGCGUCGCCCUAACCGACAGUGAUUAUCGCUGUCAUUGUGCGCCAGGAUGGAGUGGAAAACAAUGUGAAAUUAAUAUCAACGAGUGCGGAUCGAAUCCUUGUCAAAAUGGAGGAAUUUGCUCCGAUGGAAUAAACAAUUACACUUGUAGAUGCGAGAGAACAGGAUACGAGGGGACGCAUUGCGAAAUAAAUAUCGACGAGUGCGUGGACAAUCCUUGCUUGAACAAUGGAACUUGCUUCGAUAAUUAUGGAGGCUACGUUUGCACCUGUCCAGAAGGAUUCGAGGGUCAAAAUUGUGAGUUCAACCUGAACGAGUGUCUCUCAGCACCGUGUUUAAAGGGUGGAAUUUGCGUGGAUGAGGUUGGCUCCUACCAUUGCAAAUGUCCACACGGAUACACGGGAAAAAAUUGUGAAAACAGUAUUCGAGGCCAGUGCGAAAAUGCUGCUUGUCCAUCGAACAGUAUUUGUCUCGAAGUUUCUUCGGGCUUGCAAUGCGUCUGUAAACCUGGAUUUAUGGGAAACCCACCGAAUUGCACCAUCAAUUUCUGCGCCGGGAAUCCUUGCUCGAACGGUGGCACGUGCACCAGCGACACCAACGGAUACAAUUGCACGUGCCCGCCUGGCUGGAAAGGACAAAAUUGUCACGUUCCCGCCUCCGAUUGGUGUUCCGCUUGUUACAACGGUGGUUCAUGCGUCGAAACGAUUUAUGGAAUAAUGUGCCAAUGUCCGAGAUUCUGGACCGGACCGCAGUGCAAAGAUCCCGUAACGUGUCGUGAUCUUCCUUGCAAGCAAGCAACAGCUUGUCACGAUUAUCCGCGUGGUUAUUACUGCAACUGCGAGCCCGGAUGGACAGGACCGGAGUGCUCGAUCGACAUCGACGAGUGCACGAGCGAUCCCUGCCGCAACGGAGGAAUAUGCAUCGAUCAUAUCAACAGUUACUACUGCCAAUGCCUUCCUGGCUACACGGGAAAAAAUUGUCAAAUUAACGUCGACGAGUGUCUUUCGGAGCCCUGUCAAAACGGUGGAACCUGCAUCGACGGUGCGAAUGGCUACACGUGCAACUGCACUCAGGAUUUCAUGGGCAACAAUUGCGAGCUCGAGUACGACGCUUGCGCCAAAAGUCCUUGUCAAAACAAUGGCACUUGUACGCCACUUACAUCCCGCUCUAGACGCGAAUUCAUCUGUCAAUGUCCACCGGGCUACGAAGGAAAAACCUGCGACAUCGAUGUCGACGAUUGCAAAGACGUCAUUUGUCCCAACGACAAAGUUUGCGUCGAUGGCGUCGCCGGUUGGGAAUGCAAAUGCAAAGACGGCUACAAGGAACCCAACUGCACUGCCGUUCGAUCGCUCUCUCAUGAUCCUUGUCUCACGAAUCCUUGCGUCAAUGGAACUUGCCGUAGUCUUGGUGAUCACGGUUUCAAGUGCAACUGCUACGAAGGGUUCGAAGGUCAACUUUGCGACACUGACAUUGACGAGUGCGCGGUUCUGGGUAACGCAUCGUGCAACUAUGGAAUUUGCAUAAACACCGUGGGAAGUUACAACUGUUUUUGUCGUCCUGGUUACUCCGGAGAUCACUGUGACAUCGACAUAAACGAGUGUCUUUGUGGGCCUUGUGAGAAUAACGCAACCUGCGUCGAUAAAGUUAACGCGUUCGAGUGUAUUUGUCUCGAGGGUUACACUAACAAAACCUGUAACGUCGAUAUCGACGAGUGCGCUAGUAAUCCGUGCCUAAAUAACGCGGCCUGCAUCGACCAAAUAGCGGCUUACGCUUGCGUGUGUGCUGAAGGUUUUACCGGACAGAACUGUGAAACAAACAUCGACGACUGCAACCCCCAACCUUGUAUGAACCACGGUCUGUGCAUCGACGGGAUACACAAUUACACUUGCGACUGCACCGACACCGGAUUUCAAGGCUUUCACUGUGAGAACAAUAUCGACGAUUGUCUGUCGAAUCCUUGCGUCAACGAAGCUGUCUGUAUCGACGAAGUCAAAACUUACAAGUGCCAAUGUUAUCCCGGUUACACAGGACAAAAUUGUGAGAUCGAUAUCGACGAAUGCGACAGUUCACCCUGUCAAUACAAUGGCACGUGCCUCGAAAGAUCCAAUCAGGAAUUGUACAAGAGCGAAGCUCGCACGCUGCCAGCCAUCUUCACGCAGAAUUUCAGUUACGCUAAUGCAAGCGGAUACGAAUGCCUGUGUGUACAAGGCCUGACAGGAAAAAAUUGUGAAAUAAACAUAAACGAGUGCGAGAGCAGUCCUUGCAUGGCGGGUUCCUGCGUCGACAGAAUAGGCGGUUACACGUGUGAAUGCGACGAGGGUUUCGAGGGCGAUCAUUGCGAGCACGAUAUCGACGAAUGCAAGCGAUACACGCCCUGCCAACAUGGUACAUGCACAGACGGUAGAGCUGAUUACUUUUGUUCCUGCGAGCCUCAAUACGGUGGAAAAAAUUGUUCGGUCGAACUAAUCGGCUGCCAAAGCAAUGCCUGCCAAAACGGUGGCACUUGUUGGCCGUAUCUUGUCAACGAAACCCAACACAUGUUUAACUGCACGUGUCCUACUGGCUUCCACGGAGAAACUUGUCGCAACAAUCUGACAGGAGAAGAGGUAACCACGAUGUCUCUGAGUGGCAGCUCUUUCGUAAUGGUCAACACAACGAGAGACGAAGGUUACGAUAUUCAAUUCCGCUUUAGAACGACCCUUCCAAAAGGUCUUCUCGCAAUGGGCAAGGGUACCACGUUUUACAUCCUCGAACUCGUCAACGGCAAGCUCAAUCUCCAUUCGAGUAUUCUCAACAAAUGGGAGGGCGUGUUCAUCGGCAGCGGCUUGAACGAUUCUACCUGGCAGAGGGUAUUCGUCGCCAUAAACGCGACGCAUCUCGUUUUAUCGGCAAACGAGGAACAAACCAUUUAUCCGAUCAAUCUCAACGAGGGCGCCAACGUAACUCCCACUUCUUUCCCAACUACUUACGUCGGUGGGACCAUCAGUUAUCUCAGCAAAUUGACUCAUGGUCCACCAUUUUUUGUUGGAUGUGUCGAGGAUGUCGUUAUCAACGGAGAAUGGAUUUAUUCGGGAAUGGAUUCGAAGAAUGUGUUAAUGGAGCACGUAGAACCAGGUUGUCCGCGCGACGCCCAAUGUUCCCCAAAUCCUUGUAGAAACGGUGGACACUGUACGGAUCGUUGGCGUGAUUUUUCAUGCAAAUGCGAGCGUCCCUAUCUUGGUCGAACGUGCCAAUUCAACAUGACGGCGGCGACAUUCGGCUACGAGAAUAUAACAAACGGUUAUGUGACUGUAAAAGUGUCGGACAUGGCGAGAAAAGCAGUGCGUUCAAUCGUCGACAUAUCGAUGUUUAUACGUACGAGAGAACCGCGCGGUGACAUAUUUUAUCUCGGCUCCGAGCCAAAUCCUCAGCUGGAAUCAAAAUCUCAGGAAAAAACGUACAUUGCGGCACAACUCGAAGGUGGUGAUUUACGUUUGAGAAUACAAUUCAAUGGAACCGAGGCUUAUACCGUAGGCGCUGUGAAAUUGAACGACGGCAAUUAUCAUUUAAUUCAAGUAAUACGAAACACGACACUGGUACAAGUAAAAAUAAACGGCACGGAAUACUUCAGGAAAACGAUAAGCGCUUCAGGCCCGUUGAAUGUGACGGUUUUGUAUCUGGGUGGUUUACCACAGGCAUCGAGAUACAUCCGUCAAGUUGAAAAUCGUCAAAUGGAACAUCAAUUGCCACAGAUUAAUUUCAAAGGUAUUAUUCAAGACGUGCAGAUAUCCAAUGGAGUUGAAACAAUGGUCGUUGAGUUCUAUCCCCUCAAUGCGAAAGAAAUUCCGGAAUUCACUAAAUUCGGCACUGUUACAUUGAAUCCUAGUACCGUUAAGGAAGGUGUUCAUUCGGAUAAUGUUUGCGGGAGCAAUCCUUGUUUUCACAAUGGUACCUGUCACAACACUUGGAACGAUUUUCGGUGCCAGUGCCCGCGGGGAUACACAGGAAAAACUUGUCAAGAGAUGGAGUUCUGCCAGUUGCAAGAUUGUCCGAGUGGCUCCACGUGUCAGAAUCUCGACGACGGCUACGAAUGCAUGGCAAACGCGACUUUCGACGGUCUCAAUAAUUAUUUCACCUACGUUUAUGAUCAAUUGGAAGCUAAAAAUUUCACCGAUUCUACCAUAGACACGAUCAGCAUAACCUAUCGUUCGAACACCGGUGGAACUCUGAUGCACAUGUCAAAAUUCGAGGGUGACCAGCAUUUCACCAUCUCUGUUUACAAAGACGUAGUGACCGUCGCUUGGAAACUGGACGCUCAUAAUCGCGAUACAAUAAACUUCGGCAAAGACAUACCCGAUGGCAAUUGGACAACUAUCGUUUUGAAACUGACCGAGAGCUCGUUGAGCUGCGGAUACAAAAAUCCUAGCGAGGAAGCUAUUCCUGAUAUGAGCAAUAAAUUUAAUUUCUCCAUGUGGUACGAACUUCUCGAAAAUGGGACUGUUACUUUGGGAGGACUGGCAGAUGACGCGUGGGAAAAAAAUAGCUACGUUACCGUCGAAACUGAACGACAGAGAAUCGAUAAUCGUGAAGGCAUCGAUGAAAAUUCGGUUAAUCUCGAAGAUCAUAAAUUGACCACUGCCAUGCCUUAUCAUGAAAUGAUGUCCGGUGAACCGUUCAAAGGUUGUCUCGGCGAGGUUCGCAUUGGCACAAUGCUUCUCCAUUACUUCACUUACGACGAAGUUUAUAGGAACGCAAAUUUCACACCGGUGGAAUAUCUUUCAUUGCAACGAAACAACGAAACGGAUUCUGAAAGCAUAGGCUGCCGUUUGUGCUUCGAAGAUGAUUGCAAAAAUUCAGGUCAUUGUCACGACGCACUCACCAGUUACGUCUGCGAUUGUCCAGCUGGUUAUGACAAAGACGAUUGUUCGGUCGACAUCGACGAAUGUGCUUUCAAUAAAUGCAAAAAUGGUGCUACCUGCAUCGAUGGUAUUGCUAACUAUACGUGCGUCUGUAACAAAGGCUGGACCGGCUUGUUAUGCGAUAAAGACAUAAACGAGUGCGUGGGUGCGACUCCCUGCCAACAUGACGGAGUUUGCGUUAAUUUGCCAGGCUCUUUCCGAUGUCAAUGUCCUGACCAAUUCACCGGAGAUCUGUGUGAAAACUUUAGACUGAUCAGGUGCGAAAAUAAUCCGUGCAGAAACGGCUCAACCUGUACUGACGUCGUUAACGAAAGGACUGGAAAUAAUUUUACGUGUACGUGUAUGCCCGGAUACGAGGGAGCACUGUGCGAUACUCCUUUCUGCAUAGCUAAAAGAUGCGAAAACGGUGGAAGAUGCGACUUCUUAUACGAGGCACCUCGAUGCACUUGUCCUCCUGGUUUCACCGAUGAUUAUUGUGAGACGAACAUAGACGAUUGUGCUCCGAAUGCUGACGGUGAUGUUCCGUGUAAGAACGAUGGAAAAUGUAUUGAUGGCAUCAACAGUUUUACGUGCAAUUGUUCCGGUACCGGUCACACAGGGCUCGAUUGUUCGAUCGAUGUGGACGAGUGUUUGCUGGAAACUACAAACUGUGGACGAGGCGUUUGCCACAAUGUGCCUGGUACAUACAGCUGUGUUUGCGAUCAUGGCUACUGCGGUCACAGCUGCGAAAGGGCAAAUCCUUGCCAUCAAGAGGACUUUUGUCAAAAUGGUGGCAGCUGCGAAUGCGUUGAAUCCGGUUACGUUUGUCACUGUACUCCGGAAUAUAGAGGCACGAAUUGUACAGAAACCGAACACUUUUUGGGAAGUCAAGCACGCGACAUCGCGGUAAUAGUGGGACCAAUUCUUGCAAUAUUAUCAUUAAUCGUGGCUGGUUCGUUGACGGCUCUGUUCAUGAUGGCAAGAAAGAAGAGAGCGACGCGCGGUACGUACAGCCCGAGCGCUCAGGAAUUCAGCAAUCCGAGAGUCGAAAUGGACAACGUUAUGAAGCCGCCGCCAGAGGAAAGAUUAAUAUGAAGAUAGAGCAGGGGUUUUGCACGAAACGUUUGUUUUGCUGCUGAGAAUCAUUUAUCCUAGUCCGCCGUGCAAGUCUUUCGACUUUGUUACAUCUUGACCCAAAACUAGAGACCUCCCAUUUAUUUAUGGAUGAUCGAUAAUUUUAAUUGAUGUCCAGAGUGCCGGAAAAGAAAAAGAUUUACGAAAACAAAAAAUAUUCUAGUCCGCACCGUGUAUUGUCGAGUCCGAAUCCAAAUUCGACACGAUUCAAUAUCGUGCUGUGACAUACAACAACGUACCCACACACUGUACAUUUACACAUGAGGAUACUCCUUAUUUUACAUUCGAAAUUAAGCGUAUUUUGACGAAGGUCGUGUUCAUCGCGAUCAUCCCAAAAAUCACGGUGAAAGCUUCAAAUAUUCGCCACUGAAAGUCGGUCACUCAUUACUUAAAAAGUAAAUGCUAUUCAUUAGACUCAUUCCAAAUUCAUAUACGUAGAUCGAGUGAAACUUUUGCAAGUGUACUUAUAGACCAACUUAAUCAAGUGUCCUUACUUCGAAUUUUAAAUGUUUAUAUUAAAACGAAAACGAAAAAGGCUCCAUGAGCUGGAAAGGCCCGUCCAUUUACAAGUGCCUAGUUGUAUCACAUACUUACUAUAACUUUAAUUAUACACUAUAUCUACUUGAAUCAACAUUCCAAGAUUUAUAAGAAAAACGAAAACUCGUAAUUACGAAUAUAUACGAGGCUUAAUUGCAACAUCGAUACAUUCUCCAGGGCAAUAACGAGAAUAUUGUAAGAUACUCGAUGUGGAAUGGAGGUAAUUGUAAUUUUAAUGUGCUGCGUAGAAGCUAUAUGAACAAUUCAUUGAAAAGAGAAAUGGGCGCUUUUCGUUUCCCUAAUUAAAACUAUUUUCCUUUUGUUCAUAAUUGAUUUAUGAUCAAUCUCCAGUUUUGUAACGGUUUUACGCUUACUUAUCUUUGGAGCUAUCUUUAGAGUGUUGUCCACUUUGAAAAAAAUGGACAUUUCUCUGUCAGAGCGGAUUUCAAUUCCAUAUAAUCGCACGAACGAGAGUACCGAAAAUUUCUUGUUUCUCGUUGGUGCUCUGUUAAUUUUGUACAUAUUUUAGAGUACGUAAGUUUACGAAGAUUAAUUCCAAUGGUUUUAAAUAUAAGAUUUUAUAUUGAAUUCAGUUAAAAUUAAGAAUAUUUUUGGUAUAUAAAUAAAUAUGUACUUUUGUGACCAAAGUAACUAAGAAUGAAACGAAUUCCGAUAAUAUUAAUUAACGAAAGUACGGAAAAUUGUAAUUUAUAAUAAUGAAAAGAUUAAAAAACUUAUAUUAGGAUAAAAUUGUAAAAAUAGUUCGAGGCACGUGAUCGAUCGAAAAAUAAUAUCAUGACCGAAUGACCUCGCGUUCAUUUUAAAAAUGUAUUACAUUGUGCAAGACUGAGGUACAGAUAUCUCGUUGGUUUGAGCAAAAAAAAACUAUCAAAAACGAGAUCAUCGUAGAUCGAUCGUCUGUCUAUGGAAUUAGAGAAGUGGCAGUGCCGUGCUGUCAGAUAUUUGGGAGAAAGAGUUUGCAUGACAAACUGCGCUGCGCAUCGAUACUCGAGAUUUCAUUGUAUACUUCUGAAAUUUCUAAACUAAGACAAAUUUGCAGGUGUGAUUGUUAGCUUCUGAUGAUGAUCGUCGAAUGCAUGAAUGUACAGAAAAAAUAAACAUCCCAACACUUACGUGAAAUUAA